GGGUGGGAGCCCGUGAUGUCAUUGCAUUAUGAGAUAGUGUACUGUUCAUGUAAACUCCUUUCUUCCCACUCGCAGCCAUCAUGGUCGUACAAAGCAAGCAUUUCCUGAACACAGCACCCUCUCUCGUGCUCGAUUCCUUAGAAGGACUGUGCGCAAUCAAUACACAACUAGCUCUUGAUCCGAUCCAUAGAGUCGUCUACCUUGCUGAUCAGGACCGCUCCAAAGUUGCUCUCCUCUGUGGAGGUGGUUCUGGUCAUGAGCCAUCCCACUCAGGUUUCGUAGCUGCUGUGUGUGGACAUAUCUUUGCCUCUCCAAGUGCUGGUCAAGUUCGCCGUGCAGUAGAUCUGAUCGACAACAAAAGAGGGAAUUACACCGGCGAUGUCCUCAAUUUUGGUCUAGCCAAAGAAGAAUAUGCGGCCCGUUAUCCCGACAAAGCUGACCGUGUCAAGUUCGUCAUCGUAGGAGAUGACGUUGCUGUAGGAAAAACCCAAGGUAGUAUUGUCGGAAGACGUGGUCUUGCAGGUGUUUGUCUCGUCUACAAAAUUGCAGGCGCCUUGGCCCAAACUGGUGCCUCUGUAGAUGAGGUCUACGAUAUCGCCCAGUACGUUUCCUCUAGGCUCGGUACUAUAGGGGUUGGUCUGGACCACUGUCAUGUCCCUGGAACCGCUAUUCCCGAUACAUAUUUGGGUGCGAAUGAACUCGAAAUCGGUCUCGGAAUUCACAACGAAAGUGGUCACCGUCGCAUUUCUCCUGUUCCACCUCUCAAUGAACUCAUCCCCACUCUCCUCGACAUGAUUACUUCCACACAGACAAAGAACGACCGUGUUGUUCUUCUCGUCAAUAACCUCGGCGGUCUCAGUGAACUUGAACUCGGCGGAGUAGUCGCCGAAGUGAGGCGUGCUCUGGAUAAAUCUGGGAUUAAGAUCAUGCGCCUGCUUUCUGGCUCUUCAUGUCUCAACAUGCCCGGAUUUUCAAUUACGAUGCUCCUUCUCCCCGCCGAAAACGACACGGGAACUCCAACCGCUGAUUUCAUCCUUUCCUUACUCGACGACAGUAUCAACACACCCAGGAUGGAAAUGCCACCAUCUGUCUUUUCGUCCCUCCCGACUGCAACCCACGCGAAGGCCUGGUCAGCCUCACUCAAAGCCCCCGAUGUCGAUCAAUUCAACAGUGCUAUAGAGCGUGCAUGCCGGGCCCUCAUUAUUGCUGAGCCCGAGAUUACUCGCAUGGACAACAUCGCUGGUGAUGGGGACUGCGGACUUACGCUCAAAGAUGGUGCUACAGCUGUGCUUGAGGCUCUGAGCAAAAACAGCAUCUCUGGCAACGAUGUACUUGGCAGCGUCAUCACAAUAUCUCGUAUCGCAGAGGAUGCGAUGGGAGGAACUAGCGGAGCCCUCUAUUCAAUCUUCUUCUCUGCCCUCGCUCAAGCGCUCGCUAAAAGCUCCUCCUCGAUCGCCACACAAGAAGUAUGGUGCACGGCUCGACCCCUCACUGCCUUCAUCGGUGCACUGUCGUCCGGCCUUGCGGCAGCCGUGAAGGCUGCUAGAGAAGCUGCUGAAGGGACGAAAGACAUGGAGGCAAAGGCCGGUAGGAGCGCAUAUAUUGAUAGCACAAAGCUAAAGGCUGAGCGAGUUGCCGAUCCUGGGGCAUGGGGCGUGAAAGUUGUGGUGGAGGCCCUAGCUCAGUGAUGGUAUUUUAGGCAUUCACAGUAUUGAUUCUCCAAACAUGUGACUGAUGCGGUCACCAUCGGGCCAGAGAUAGCCGUGCGUAGCGAGAAAAUUGCUAACCAAAUUUGAAGCACGAGAUAAUUUGCCAGUACUUGGUCACUCUGACUGAUUGACAUGAACAUGCAUAAAUAGGGGCAGGCUCGAUGUCAUGAUCAUCAGCCAGGCGAGCAAUAAUCCUGAAUUCAUCAAUAAGAGUGCCGCAGCCUCCGUGUACUUCAACUGGAAGCAAUAAUG